AUGUCACGCAGAGAAUCUUCAUUCGUGCGCCAACCUGAAGAUGAAUCCUACACAUGGAUCCACCGCGCAUUCCUCCAAGCCUUCCAAACCCACGGCAUCCUCACCCUAGACGAAAUAAAGCCAAUCCUCGCAAACAUAGUAACAGCCUCCAACCCCAACCGCCCCUGGACAGCAGCCGACAUAACCCUCCCCUUCCUAACCUCGACCCUCCAAACAAUAAACGCCAAGCUCCUCCCCCUCGACUACGAAAUCCGGUGGGCCAAAGACCAAACCCCCAAACCAAUCCUGCACUACGCCCUCGUCAACAACGCCAGCGACCCCCUAACCCAACAAGCCACGCGCUUCUCCCCCACGGAAAUAGCAUACAUACGCCGUCUUUUGGAUUUCAUGUUCGACACGAAUAACACGCCUAUCCGUGAAGUCAUGGCUGUAUCGCAAGUUCAAGCUGCGAACCUCGCGCGUCCACCGCGGAGGCCCCGGCAGAGCGCCGCUACAGUCGCAGAAGAAGGGGGAGAAGACCAAAUAACCCCCGAUGCAGGUCUUUCGAUGCAAGAGGCAGAAGAUAUUCUCCACCGUCUUGUCACGAGCUCUUUCUUUUCGAAGUCGCAAAAAGGGUAUUAUACACUGGCCCCCCGCUCCCUGAUCGAACUACGCUCCUACCUCAAGGAAACGUACAACGAUGAAGAUACGCAGCGUAUACGCGAUUGUCAUGGUUGCAAGGAGAUUGUGACGGUGGGGAUAAGGUGUAAUGAGAAGGAGUGUGGGGUUAGGUGGCAUGAUGCGUGUGCGAAUGCGUUUUAUAGGGGGAGAGGGGGCAGGGAGAGGCUGUGUCCGAAGUGUAAGACGGAGUGUGGGGGGAAUGUUUUUGUGGGAGAGAGGGCAGAUGCGGUGAGAGGGGGAGGGAGGGGGAGGGGGAGUUUGAUGGCGCAGGAGGAGGAGGACGGAGAGAAGGAGUAG